CUAUGUUAAUAAGGCUGAGCGCCCGCGAGCUGCCCCGGCCUCGCGGCGGAGCCCAGGCUAGGCGGCGGCGGCGGCGAUAGCCAUGGCUGGGGCUCUGGCAGGGCUGGCCGCGGGCUUGCAGGUCCCGCGGGUCGUCCCCAGCCCGGACUCGGACUCGGACACAGACUCGGAGGACCCGAGUCUCCGGCGCAGCACAAGCGGGCUGCUCCGCUCGCAGGUCAUCCACAGCGGUCACUUCAUGGUGUCCUCGCCGCACAGCGACUCCCUGACCCGGCGGCGCGACCAGGAGGGGCCCGUAGGGCACUCCGACUUCGGGCCGCGCAGCAUCGACCCCACACUCACUCGCCUCUUCGAGUGCUUGAGCCUGGCCUACAGUGGCAAGCUGGUCUCACCCAAGUGGAAGAAUUUCAAAGGCCUCAAGCUGCUCUGCAGAGACAAGAUCCGCCUCAACAACGCCAUCUGGAGGGCCUGGUAUAUCCAGUAUGUGGAGCGGAGGAAGAGCCCCGUGUGUGGCUUCGUGACCCCCCUGCAGGGGCCGGAGGCUGACGUGCACAGGAAACCGGAGGCCGUCGUCCUGGAGGGGAACUACUGGAAGCGGCGCAUCGAGGUGGUGAUGCGCGAGUACCACAAGUGGCGCAUCUACUACAAGAAGCGGCUCCGUAAGUCCAGCAGGGAAGGGGAUCUCCUGGCCCCUAAGCAGCCGGAAGGCAGGUGGCCACCGCCGGAGAGAUGGUGCGAGCAGCUCUUCUCCAGCGUGGUGCCGGUGCUGCUUGGGGGCCCAGAGGAGGAGCCCGGCGGGCGGCAGCUCCUGGACCUCGACUGCUUUCUGUCGGACAUCUCCGACACGCUCUUCACCAUGACUCAGCCCAGCCCCUCACCCCUGCAGCUGCCCCCCGAGGACGCCUAUGUCGGCAAUGCUGACAUGAUCCAGCCGGACCUGACGCCUCUGCAGCCCAGCCUGGAUGACUGCAUGGAGAUCUCAGAUUUCUUCACCAACUACCGUCCCCCACCGACGCCCACGCCUUCAAACUUCCCGGAGCCCCCCAGCUUUAGCCCCAUGGCUGAUUCCCUCUUCAGCAGUGGGAUCCUGAGCCCAGAGGUGUCCCCGGCCUCCUCGGGCAUGACCCACCUCUCAGGACAUGGCCGCCUGCAGGUUCGGAACAGCAGCCCUGGCCCCUUGGACUCCAGUGCCUUCCUGAGCUCUGAUUUCCUCCUUCCUGAAGACCCCAAGCCCAAGCUCCCACCCCCUCUGGCACCCCCACCUCUCCUCCAAUAUCCUCCCCCUGCCAAGGUGCCUGGCCUGGAGCCUUGCCCUCCAUCCCCCUUCCCUCCCAUGGCUCCACCUCCCGCCGUGCUGCAGGAAGAGCCUCUCUUCUCUCCCAGGUUUCCCUUCCCCACUGUCCCUCCUGGCCCAGGAGUGUCCCCACUGCCUGUUCCUGCAGCCUUCCCACCCACCCCACAGCCCAUCCCAGGCCCUGCCGCCACCCCCUUCCCCAUAAACCUUCUGGCCUCAAGCUGUCCAGAGCCCGCUUUUGGGCCUUGCUUCUCCAUGCCUCAGAGCACGUGGCCCAGAGGCAAGCCCCCGGCCCCAUCCCCUAGGGGACGGAAAGCCAGCCCCCCUACCUUGGCCCCUGCCACGGCCAGCCCCACAGCCACUGCCGGGGGCAACAACCCCUGCCUCACACAGCUGCUCACAGCAGCCAAGCCCGAGCAAGCCCUGGAACCACCGCUCGUGUCCAGCGCCCUCCUCCGGCCCCCAGCAUCCCCGCAGGAGACAGUCCCCGAAUUCCCCUGCACCUUCUUUCCCCCAACCCCGGCCCCUACACCACCCCGGCCACCUCCGGGACCAGCCACACUGGCCCCAUCCAGGCCUCUGAUUGUCCCCAAGGCAGAGCGGCUCUCACCCCCAGCACCCAGCGGUAAAGAGGGGCUGCAGGGACUGGGGGAGUCCAGGGGAUGCAGGGAAAAGCAGGAAGAAAGGGGCACUGCAUCUGGGGCCAGGAUGAGAGGAACAGGGCAAUGGGACCCUCUCCCCUGUGUCGGUCUGUCUGUGGGUCUGUCUGUCCCGGCCACAGGCAGCGAGCGGCGGCUGUCAGGGGAGCUCAACUCCACACCAAGUCCAGGGGCUCUGAGUGUCCGCGUCUCACCGCCUCAACCCAUCCUAAGCCGGGGCCGUGCAGACAACAACAAGACCGAGAACCGGCGCAUCACACACAUCUCCGCAGAGCAGAAGCGGCGCUUCAAUAUCAAGCUGGGGUUUGACACCCUUCACGGGCUUGUGAGCACACUCAGCGCCCAGCCCAGCCUCAAGGUGAGCAAAGCCACCACGCUGCAGAAGACAGCCGAGUACAUUGUCAUGCUGCAGCAGGAGCGGGCGGCCAUGCAGGAGGAGGCCCAGCAGCUGCGGGACGAGAUCGAGGAGCUCAACGCUGCCAUUAACCUGUGCCAGCAGCAGCUGCCUGCUACCGGGGUGCCCAUCACACACCAGCGUUUCGACCAGAUGCGAGACAUGUUUGAUGACUAUGUCCGAACCCGGACGCUGCACAACUGGAAGUUCUGGGUGUUUAGCGUCCUCAUCCGGCCUCUGUUCGAGUCCUUCAAUGGCAUGGUGUCCACAGCAAGCCUGCAGAGCCUCCGCCAGACCUCACUGGCCUGGCUGGACCAGUACUGCUCCCUGCCUGCUCUCCGGCCAACUGUCCUGAACUCCCUCCGCCAGCUGAGCACAUCUACCAGCAUCCUGACCGAACCGGGCCGUGUCCCUGAGCAAGCCACACGGGCAGUCACGGAGGGCACCCUGGGCAAACCUCUGUAGUCCUGGCCAGAGCCUGCUGCUCACUCAGCUGCCUUGGGGCUGCCUGCCCUGGGCAUGAGCUCCAGGGAUAACUUCUGGGCACUCCUCUCCCAACCUGGGCCUGGCAGUCCCCUUCCUGAGGGUCGCAGGGUCCACGUCUCAUGCUUCCCACCUCCUGGAGGCUGAGAAAAGCUGAGUCCCCAUCCCUGCUCUACCACUGUGUCCCUGGGUGACUCAUAUCCACUCUUUGGACCUCUGUUUUCCAAUCUGCAAAAUGGGGAUGGGCAAGGUUCAACCAGCAGAUGACCCGAGGCUGUAGCAACUGUGACACUGGGGGCCUAAGCUGGCAACUCAUACAACUCGAAGGAGGGAAGAGGAUCAGUUUCCCUGUCACCCCUUCCUGCUCCCCGACAGAUGGACACAGGCCUUUGUUCUUGAGCAAAGAAGCAGAAAAGGAGGUUCCCUCUCUCAGCUCCUUCACUGGUGACUCAGAGGGGCUAUAGGAUGGCUUCCCCUGGGUGAGGCCAGGAAGGUCUGAUCAUGGGAGAGACCAGGGCAGGGGUGGCCAGAGCAGGACAGGCAUCUUGUGUGUGUGUGGACAUGUGUGUGUGUGGAUUUUGUAAAGGAUUCUUGACAAAUAAAAGCCAAAACUGUC